AUGGCUUUUGUGUGGGCAACAUUCAUUUUGGCUCUAAUUUUAUUAUUCAUUUUCUAUGAGUUACUAAAUAUCAAAAACAAGAAAAAACUUCCUCCUGGUCCAAAAGGCAUUCCAAUAUUAGGACAUCUCCAUCUUUUAGGUGAAAAUCUUACUCAUGAUUUACACAAAUUUUCUCUAAAAUAUGGUCCUAUCAUCUACAUGAAAUUUGGAUUGGUACCAACUUAUGUUAUAUCUUCCCCUGAAUCAGCAGAAAAAAUUCUCAAAACUUAUGAUCAUAUUUUUGCUAGUAGGCCUCAUAACGAGACCGCUCAAUACAUAUCGUAUGGCCAAAGGAAUUUGAUUUUCUCAAAGUAUGGCGCGUAUUGGCGUAACAUGAGAAAAUUGUGUACGGUCCAUUUGUUGAGUAACAUGAAGAUUAACUCAUUCCAAUCUACUAGAAGUGAAGAAAUUGCCAUUAUGAUCAAAUCGAUCAAAGAAAUAGCUCAAGGUCGUCGUGUUGAUGUUGAUCUUAGUGCUCAAGUGUCGAAGUUGAGUGCCAACUUGAGUUGCUUAAUGGUUUUUGGGAAAAAGUUCACGGAUGACGAUUUGGACAAAAGGGGAUUUAAGUAUUUAGUUCAAGAGGUUACAACUCUAGCUGCAACACCAAAUCUUGGUGAUUUUUUCCCUUUUCUUGGUGUUAUUGACCUCCAAGGACUCACACGUAGAAUGAAGGACACUUCUAAGGUGCUUGAUCCAUUUGUAGAGAAGAUUAUUGAUGAACAUGUCAAUGCUAAGGACCACAAGAAAAAUAAAGACUUCGUAGACACUAUGAUGGAAAUUAUGCAAUCUGGUGAAGCAGAGUUCCAGUUUGAUCGUCGCCAUGUCAAAGCUGUCAUGGAUCCUAAUUUUUGGACCGACGCUGAUAAGUUUUUGCCAGAGAGAUUUCUUGAAAGUAACGUAGAUGUUCGUGGACGUGAUUAUCAACUUUUACCAUUUGGUUCUGGCAGAAGAAGUUGCCCCGGGAUGCAAUUGGCAUUAAUUAUUGUUCGUCUUGUUGUAGCACAAUUGGUUCAUUGCUUUGAUUGGGAACUCCCAAAUGAGAUGCAGCCUAAGGAUUUGGAUAUGACUGAGCAAUUUGGUAUAGUUACAGGCAGGGCAAAUCAUUUAAUGGCUGUUCCAACUUAUAGGCUACAACACAGCUGA